AUGGCCCCCCGGUAUUUCCACCCGGCCGACUACUGCGUGCUCGUAGCCGUGCUGGGCCUUUCAACGUUAAUAGGUGUGUUUUUUGCUUGGAAGGACCGCCGUAGCACCGACAAAAAGGACUUCUUCGGGGGAAGUAAGCAAAUGCAGCAUAUGGUCGCCGUCAUUGGUGUCGCCAUAGCUAGCCUUGUGGCUGCCCACGUGUCGCUGCCCGUUUUCUAUCACAUGGACAUGAUCAGUGUGAACCAGUAUCUGGAGAACAGAUUCAAUUCUGUACUGAUCAGGAAGAUUAUCUCCGCUUUGACCGUUAUAGAAGUGUGCUUCUACUUGGGGGUAGUGCUUUAUGGCCCGUCACUUGCACUCGGUUCAGUGACAGGCCUUCCAGUCUGGGUUUCCAUCGUGCUCAACGGAAGCGUUUGCGCCUUCUACACGACAAUAGGAGGCAUAAAAGCUGUCGUUUGGACUGACGUCCUGCAUGUGCUACUGAUGAUUUUCGGACUGCUGAUUGUCCUUAUUAAGGGUUUCAUGGUGAUCGGUGAGCCCAGCGCUGUUUUCGACGUGGUCAACAAAGAAGGGCUGCUCGAAUUUUUUGAACUUUAG